UCGACAUUCCUGCCAUCUCCUGGGCACUGGAUUCUCCUUUGAAGUUCUCUAUCACAACUGUUCUCUUGACAGCAUGGAUGGGGAGGAAGAUGAUUUGUCUCUGCUGACUGCAUUGCUGGAGGAGAAUGAGUCAGCCCUGGACUGUAAUUCAGAAGAGAGUCACCGCUUGACCCAGGAAGAUCGUGAACCUGAUGCAUUUGAUGAGCUCUUUGAUGCAGAUGAUGACGGUGAAUCUUACUCAGAGGAGCCUGCUGAUGGAGAAGUGGGAGAGACUGAGGACCGAAAGGAAAAUCUGGCCGCUCUCUUUGGAGAUAUGGGGGACUUAACAGAUGAAGAAGAAGUUCCCACACCGCAGUCAACUAAAAACAGCGUCCCCACUGCUCCUGCUCCCAGUCAAGGGAAAAGUAAUCAAGAGUUGCAAGAUGAAUUAAAGAAGUUGCAAGAGCAGAUGAAAUCCUUACAAGAACAGCUAAAAAUAGCAACAAUUACACAGCCUGCAAGUCCAGCCCUUCUGCAUAAAUCUCCUGCUAAGUCCCCACGUCCCCCUCUAAAGGAGAAGAAAGUUCAGAGAAUUCAGGAGUCAACGUGCUUCGCUGCAGAGCUUGAUGUCCCUGCUCUACCGAAAACCAAGCGGGUGGCUCGGACUCCGAAGGUUUCACCUGCAGAGCCCAAAAGUUCGUCUUCAGGGACGACAAGUACACUUUCCCAACCACUCCGAACUACUCCUGGAAACAAACCUAGUGGGUUGACCAGAGAUCACAGCGCAGGGACCCCCAGGAGUUCUGGAGAACCGCAGACCGUGAUCUCUGUGGAAGCCUUCUCGGGCCUGAGACUCAGGCGGCCUCGAGUGUCCUCCACAGAGAUGAACAAGAAAAUGAUUGGCCGAAAACUGAUCAGACUUUCUCAGCUCAAGGAAAAGAUGGCAAGUGAGAAGCUGGAAGAAAUAGACUGGGUGACUUUUGGGGUUAUAUUGAAGAAAAUCACUCCACAGAGUUGUAAUAGUGGGAAAACAUUUAGUAUCUGGCGACUGAAUGAUCUCCGUGACCUGACGCGGUACGUGUCGUUGUUCUUGUUUGGAGAAGUUCACAAACAACUCUGGAAGACUGAACAGGGUACUGUCAUAGGGUUGCUCAACGCGAACCCCAUGAAGCCCAGGGAUGGUUCUGAGGAGGUGUGUUUGUCUGUUGAUCAUCCUCAGAAGAUCUUAAUCAUGGGUGAAGCUCUUGACCUGGGAACCUGUAAAGCAAAGAAGAAGAAUGGACAGCCGUGUACACAGACUGUUAAUUUGAACGACUGUGAGUACUGCCAGUACCACAUCCAGACCCAGUACAAGAAGCUCAGCGCCAGGCGAGCUGAACUGCAGUCAACCUUCUCCGGAGGACGAGUUCCAAAGAAGUUUGCCCGCAAAGGCACCGGCCUGAGAGAACGGCUGUGUCAGGAUGGUUUUUACUACGGAGGAGUUUCUUCUGUGUCGUACGCGGCCUCCAUUGCAGCUGCUGUUGCUCCUAAAAAGAAGAUUCAAACCACUCUGACUAAUAUGGUUGUCAAGGGGACAGACUUGAUCAUUCAGGAGGCCCAACAAAAGCUUGGAAUACAUCAGAAAAGCUUGUCUUGCUCUGAGGAAUUCAGGGAACUGAUGGACUUGCCUACAUUUGGAGCCAGAAACUUGAAACAACAUUUAGCCAAAGCCAGGUCAUCAGGGCUGACGGGGAGCCUGAAACCCGCUUUCCAGUCUGUCUCGGCGUCAGCCCUCUUGAAGCAGCAGAAACAGCACAUGCUGGAGAUGAGGAAAAAGAGAUCCGAAGAAAUACAGAAACGAUUUCUCCAAAGCUCAAGUGGGGUCGAAAGCCUGGCUGUGCCACCCUCUUCUCAACGGGCCCCUUCUCGGUCUCCACAAAUGGGGGCUGAGUUCCCCAGCCUGGAAGGAACACCAGCCACACCGAUGCCCAAGCUUGGACGAGGCAUCUCAGAAGGAGAUGAUGUUCUAUUUUUUGAUGAGUCCCCGCCACCAAGACCAAAACUGAGUGCUUUAGCAGAAGCCAAAAAGUUAGCUGCUAUAACCAAAUUAAGGGCAAAAGGUCAGAUUCUUACAAAAACAGAUCCAAACGGCAUUAAAAAGAAGCAGAAGGACCCCCAGGAUGUCCUGGAAGUGAAGGAACGUGUAGAAAAGAACAACACAUUUUCUCCUCAAGCUGAAGAUGAAUUGGAGCCUGCCAGGAAAAAAAGAAGAGAACAACUUGCCUACCUGGAAUCUGACGAAUUUCAGAAAAUUCUAAAAGCAAAGUCGAAGCACACAGGGGUUCUAAGAGAGGCAGAGGCUGAGCUGCAGGAACGCUAUUUUGAGCCACUGGUGAAAAAAGAACAAAUGGAAGAAAAGAUGAGAAGCAUCAGAGAAGUGAAAUGUCGAGUAGUAACAUGCAAGACGUGUGCCUACACCCACUUCAAGCCUUUGGAGACCUGCGUCAGUGAGCAGCACGACUAUCACUGGCAUGACGGCCUGAAGAGGUUUUUCAAGUGUCCCUGUGGAAACAGAAGCAUCUCCCUUGACAGGCUCCCCAAAAAGCACUGCAGUAACUGUGGCCUCUUCAAAUGGGAACGAGAUGGAAUGCUAAAGGAAAAAACGGGCCCAAAGAUAGGAGGCGAAACCCUGUUACCAAGAGGAGAAGAACAUGCCAAAUUUCUGAAUAGCCUUAAAUAGCCCUAACUUCAAACAGGUCGUGCCAAACUCUUCUCACCCCAUUACACUUCGACAGAGGGAAGGCCUCCCUGGUAAAGACCCAAAGACCCAAACAAUGUGCCUUCUGUGCAGGGAACCACAUGUGGCUGAGCAUCUUCAGCCAAGUCAGGUGUCACACAGCCAACUCCAGAUGGCCUGACCCAGGCUUCUGGCUUUGAAGGUGGAAGCAGAUCUGUGCUGCCACGCAGACCUUAGAAGUAGGGGCUCAGCACACUGUUUACUCUGGCACUUUCAGAGGCAGAACUCAGAGGCAUCUUUGCCUUGUAAAGAUGGUGGUUUCGAAUAGAGGUGCAGCCAGGCACCACAACAGAACAGGUCCAGUGUCUUAGAUGCACUGAUGGGCCUUGGAGAUGGGGUUCUCAGCCUCUCAGGAAGGUCACUCUGGUCCAGAAAUCGCUCGCAGACCACCUGCCUAAACUUCCUGCUUUGAAAAUCCAAGUCCUUUCCUUUACCCAUAGUAGUUC